AUGUCAGUUUGUGGAAUGAGAGAUGCAUUCAAUAUUGAAAAGGAUGAAAUCGAUGAUGAAUACUUGCAACGAGUGCAGAAGGUGCAAAGAAUCAUCAAUAACUCAAAAUUGGCGCAAAGAAAGAAGAAAUACAAAUGUAUCGAAGUAGAUGUUAACAACGUCAAGAAUGCUGAUACAUACCAUAUGGAUUCGUGGAAGAAUUUCUUAAAUUAUCCUGAAAAAACGACGUUCCCAUUGGAUUAUCAUGUCCGUUAUGAGCGACCAAAACUUCGACAAGUAUUUCUGGAAUCACCUAUGAAUACACUUUCUGCAACAUCACUGCAGCCAUCUCUCAAAACAAUUAUUGAAGCACCCCCUGCGGUAUAUGCUACUGGAUUCUCAAAGGCUCCACUAAGAUCACAUAAUACAGCGGGCCCACCGAGGAUGCGGGAGACACUCGAAAGUCCCAGCACCAUUAAACCACCACUAAUUCUAUCACCAGAACACUGCAAGCAGGUCUGA